UUGAUCCUAUUGUCUCCUGCCGUUCCACACGUGGUCCAGCGCAUAAAGGGCGUCUGGCUGGAAGCUUAUACUUGAAAAGCAGCUAUCACAGUCCAUCCAUUCACAUCUGCUCAGUGAGGCGACAAGGACUAAUAGUGAGGCUGGGUGAACAGGACAUGAGCAGUUCACUUUGUCCUGGCAGCAGAGAGGAGAAACCAACUAAGCGACUGACCAGAACGCCACUGGAGCUCCCACUACCAAGAGUUAAGAGUCCAUCAUGGGAGAUUGGAGCUUCUUAGGUAAUAUUUUAGAAGAAGUGAAUGAACAUUCAACUGUAAUUGGCCGUAUUUGGCUUACAGUGCUCUUCAUCUUUCGCAUUCUUAUUCUGGGCACGGCAGCAGAAUUUGUCUGGGGAGACGAGCAGUCCGAUUAUGUGUGUAAUACAAAGCAGCCUGGAUGUGAGAAUGUAUGUUAUGAUGAGGCGUUCCCUAUCUCACAUAUCCGCCUUUGGGUGCUGCAGAUUAUUUUUGUGUCCACGCCUUCAUUAGUUUACAUCGGUCAUGCAGUCCAUCAUGUCCACAUGGAAGAGAAACGCAAAGUGUUAGAGAAUGCCAAACAUCAGUGCCAGCAAGAACUGUACAGCAAACAACUUCCUGUUGCCGCAAACCAGAGAAGUGUUCACACGACCAAGGACACUGGAACAAACAGGAAUAAAAAAAUCCCACUUGAAGGCACUCUGCUCUGCACAUACAUAUGCCAUAUCAUUUUCAAAACACUAUUUGAGGUAGGAUUUCUCGUGGGGCAGUACUUCCUGUAUGGCUUCCACAUCCUUCCACUGUAUAAGUGUAGCCGCUGGCCUUGCCCUAACACAGUGGACUGUUUUGUCUCACGCCCAACUGAGAAAACUAUCUUCAUCAUGUUUAUGCUUGUCGUUGCAUGUGUCUCACUUUUCCUGAACUUUGUGGAGAUUAUCCAUCUAUGUUUGAAGAAGAUUCAAUUUGGGUUCUUUCAGUCAGCUCCAGCCCAGGUUGUAUCUCCUGAGAGAAGCUUGCCUUUCCUUCUUAGUGCUCCAUUACAUAAACCAAAAGGCUACAGGCAACUUGAAGAGGAUAAAAAAGAGGGUGAGGUUGCACACAUCUACCCGUUAGCUGAAGCAGAUAUAGAGGAUGGCUUGCUAUCUCUGAAGUUAAAGACAAAAAGAACAAAUGAAGGAUUAUUUCCUACAGCGCCCCCUAUGAAGGAAUCAGUGAUUUAUAAUGAAAUGAUCCCAAACUACCCUAAGGUCACAGAAACUAUCCUUGAGCUACCACCAACCAAACAAAAGGACUUAUGUCGAGACUUUGAUGAGGUGGACAGUUCCAUCCUUAUGAUUCCCUUGAAAGUAAUACUGGAAAAGAGAACAGAGGAAGAACAAGGCAUGGAGGAGACACAGACAAUUGGUGAUGUAAAACAAGAGGUCGUAAAGCAAACAUACAACAUAGGAGACUUAGUAACUGAUCAGCAACUGAAUGUGGAGAUUGAGUCAGGACAGUGUGGAUCAGAGGCUAUAGGAUUUAUAGAGGUACAUAGAGAAGAUUCCAAAAAUGUUAAGGGGUUGGUAGAAGUCCCAGAAAAGAUUGAUAAAUGUAUAAAAGUACCAGAACAUGUUGGAGAGGUUCCAGGAUUUCCAGACAAUAUUGUGAAGGUUGUAAAAGUACCUAAGAUUGUUAAAGCAGUGGUAGAAAAUCCAGAAGAUGUUAAAGCAGUUAAAGAAGAACCAGAAACUGUUAAGGAGGAUGUAGAAGUACCAGGAAAUAUUAAGGAGGUUGUAGAACUACCAAAAACUAUUGAAGCAGUUGAAGAAGAACCAGAAACAGUUGAGGAGGUUGUCAAAGUACCAGCAAAUAAUAGGGAGGUUGUGGAAGUACCAGAAACUGUUGAAACAGUUGUAGAAGUACCAAAAAAUUGUGAAGUUUUAGAAAUACCUGCAACUGUACAAAAGGUUAUAGAAGUACCAAAAAACUUUAAAAAGGUUGUAGAAGUACCAGAAACUAAUAAAAUAGUUUCUGAGAAACCAGAAUCUGUUGAAAAGGUUGUAAAAGUUCCAGAAAAUAUUAAUGAGGUUGUAGAACUACCAAAAACAGUUGAGGAGGUUGUCGAAGUAUCAGCAAAUAAUAAAGAGGUGUUGGAAGUACCAGAAACUGUUGAAACAGUUGUAGAGGUACCAAAAAAUGUUGAAGAAGUGGUAGAAAAAACAGAAACUGUUGAAGAAGUUGCAGAAGUAUCAGAAACUGUUAAAGCAGUUGUCAUGGAACCAGAAACUAUUGUAGAAGCAUUAGAUAAUAUAAAGGAGGUUGUAGAACUAUCAGAAACUGUUAAAGAACCAGAAACUGAUGAAGUUUUAGAAAUACCUGCAACUGUACAAAAAGUUGUAGAAGCAACAAACAACCUUAAAGAGGUUUUGGAAGCACCAGAAACUAUUGAAACAUUUGUAGAGAAACCCGAAACUGUUGAAAAGUUUGUAGAAGUACCAGAAAAUAUUAAUGAGGUUGUAGAACCAGCAGAAACAUUUGAAGCUGUUGCAGAAGAACCAGAAAAUAUUAAAAAGGUUUUAGAAAUACCAGCAACUGCUAAAGAAGUUGUAGAAAUACCAGAAGAUUUCCAAGCAAUUGGCAAAAUUCCGAAAUUUCAAGAACAGGCUGGAGAUGCCCCAGAAAAGGAUCUUGUGGAAGUUUCAGCAGAUUAUCCAGUGAGUGAAGAACUGUCAGAGAUAGAAGAGCUUACAAUAGAAACUAAGAGUGUCUCUUCAGUAGAUGAGAAAGCUGUAGAUCCUGUAUGGAGGGAGAAACCUUUACAUCUUUUGAAAUCUGUAGGGGAGGGGAAUGUAUCUAGGGAAAUCAAAAACUCAUAUAUAGAAGACACACUCAAACUAGAGACAAUAGACCUUUCACCUAAGGUGGAGUCAAUAGAAGAUACCAUCAAUACAAAUGAUGUAGAAGAUAUCAAUAAUGCUGUGAACACUGAUAACUUAGUCAGUGAGAUGGCCAAUCCAGAGAAGGUAAACAGCGCUGGAGCCCAAGACAGUCAAGGGAAAACUAGAGAUCAUGGGAUAUCUGAAAGUUUAGAAGUGAAGGUGGGGUUGCCAGAGAUGCAGACACCCAAAGAUAGGAUUUUAGACCAUCUUACACCUCCAGCAGCAACAGAGGCAGUGGGAAAUACAAGACAGCUGAGCUGUAUUAGAAAAGCAAGUAGUAAAGCGAGGUCAGAUGAUCUUACAAUAUAAGAAAUUUUACUAGAGCUAAAACAUAGAUAAGUUUAUUUUUAAAACUAUAAAAGCAAUAAGCAGCAUAUUUGUUUUUGUUUUAUACACCUGUCAUUUCAUUUAACUGCAAAGUGUUCAGCGUAUUUCUGAUAUUCUUGUUCCAUGUAUGCUAACUGAGGACAAGCAUUCAAAAACCAUGAUUAAAUAAUAUUUAAAUAGAAUUAAAACUUAGAGC